UACACUGAGGCACGUUGGUACGGAGACUGGCUGCCAGUGCCACGUUUGCUGAGGUGUGACGUGCUGGUUCCAAGGUGGUGGCAGUGAGACAUGUAUUCCUCAAUGUGCUUCCACCAGAUGAGACUGACAACUGGCUCCUUCUCCCUGUGUGAAGUGACUUUCUUCAAAAUCCCAAGCUAAUGGUGGAGAAAUGCUGAGUAUAUUCCAGAGCAGUGCUCCUUAUGGUCCUUGGUGCUGGUUGUCUCUACCUUCCAAGGGCUUGGUCUGCUCUGCAGGAGUAGGGUUUCUUCACUCUCUACGCUCCCUCCUUCAUAAAAGGUUUCCCCACAUAGGACAUUUCUUAACUAUAAUUAUUAAUAGUUGCUGGGGUCCCUACUGCUUGGAACCCCACCCGUCACAGAGAGAUUGUGAAGCUUGUGCCCUGCCACUCAUGUCACUAUGAUGCUGAAGGAACCAUAGACCAUGGAGGUGCAUGUGUUCCCACCCAUCCGAUCAGCCUCCACCGUGUGCUCAUGCAGUGAGGUUGAAUGAGCCAGCCCUGUUGGAGAUAUCGGGGUCUAGCGGCUGUGGAGCCCCAGCCUGUCGGUAAAUGCUCUUUGUGGGUUUAAACCCCUUUAAUCUCUCUGGAGAAGCAGGAUCCAGAUUCUGGAGGAGUGGGGACCUCGGUUCUGCUGCAUCAAGCUUUAUGGAUCAGAGCGCCCAUUAUGGCCGAUCAGUGACCAAAUACAGGAUCUAAUGCUGCCCCUGAUGGAAGUGGCAGACUUUCAGGGAGCAGGUACUUGUGGCAUGUUCCCAGCGCAGAUCACAGGAGCUGUGGCAGGAGAUGCUGCUGUCUUCUGAACUGCUUACUGCUUCUCAUGGUGCUUUGCUCCUUCUGGUUCGGCAUCAGAAGUGACCGAUGGCGUCAUGGGGUCCCUCCGUCCUGUGGACUCCAGGGCACCACCACUAAUCUCUCCGUGGACUCCUCAUCACCUCAAGACCUUUAUAAAGACAUCGCUCUGCAAAGGAUACUGUAUGAGAAGCCGGACGCCUUGAAGUCCCCGAGGUCUGACAUCUCCAUGAUGGCUCCCUGGUUCGCCCCUAUUGUCUGGAACGGCACCUAUAACAUUGACAUAUUGAAUGCACAGUUCCAGCCAAGAGACGUCCACAUCGGCCUCACGGUGUUCGCUGUUAAGAAAUAUACUGUUUUUGUCCCGACUUUUCUAGAGACAGCUGAGAAGUAUUUCAUGGUGGGACACAAGGUCAACUACUAUGUGUUUACAGACCGUGUGAGUGACAUUCCCAUCAUAGAGCUGGCGGAGGGCAGGCGAAUGGUGGUACUGAGUGUGCCCACUUACCAGAGAUGGCAGGACGUGUCCAUGAGGCGCAUGGAGAUACUCCAGGACUAUUCCCGCCAGCGAUUCAUGGAUGAGGUGGAUUACCUGGUGUGUGUGGAUGUGGACAUGAGGUUCAGUGAUGAGGUCGGGGUGGAGAUCUUAAGCAACCUGUUUGGGACACUACAUCCGGGCAUGUACAGGGCCCCACGUGAAGGUUACACGUAUGAGCGGAACCCACAGUCUGAGGCCUACAUCCCCCUAGACGAGGGAGACUUUUAUUAUGCCGGGGGCUUCUUUGGGGGGAAUGUAGAAGAGGUUCACAAGCUGACCAACUUCUGCCAUAACGCCAUGAUGACAGACAAGUCCAAGAACAUUGAGGCCAUCUGGCACGACGAGAGCUACCUCAACAAAUACUUCUUGUACCACAAGCCCCUCAAGAUCCUGUCCCCGGAAUAUCUGUGGGACGACGACUUUGGCACACCGCCCUUCCUCAAGAGAAGGAGAUUUCUCGCUGUGAGAAAAAACCACAAUGAAAUACGGAACUAGAAAAAACGAGAAUAAAAAAGCUUUAUUAUUCUUUGUGAUGUUAUCGAGGGGCACUGGAUUAUCGGAUGUGGACCGCUCCUCCUUAUAGAGAAGCCUGGGAACAGCUGCUGAGCUCUUGGAAGUACUGCACCAUGCUGCUUCCGUUUCUGUUUAUUGUCAGCAAAGGGCACAUUCGCUGUUCACAGCUGGGGUGUUGUUACUAAACAUCAGCACCGGCAAGAGCUAUCAAGGUUCAUGCACGCGACUGUUGUUGUUUUGCGGUCUGCAAAUUGCGGAUCCGCAAAACACAGUUACCGGCCUUGUGCAUUUUGUGAAACUGAACAGCAGGACCCUAAUAGAACAGUCGUAUCACUGUCUGUAAUAUGGACACAUUCUAUUGUCCUGUGGACACGGAGUCAUUUCCGUUUAAUUGAAUGGUUCCACAUCCGAUAAAAUACAUUUGUGAGCAUCAGCCCUUAGUCUAAACUUUAAGAAAGGAGAAAGAUUUGUGUUGCUGCUGUGACCAGUUUCUUUUAUAUAUAAUCUGCUCAGCUCCUCCUGCUCUAUAACAUUCUGCAAUUAGGGUCAGGUUCACAGGCUGCAGCCCAUGCUAUGUUUUCCAAUAAAUGAGGUCGGGGCUGAAGGAAGCUGUGGCGCCUGUUCACACCAGAGAAUGGACGGUUCACAUGGCAGAGGUUGUGGAAGCCUCUACAGCAGAACUCCUUGGACCCGGCCUGUGAUGACCCAGAAAGUCUGAUUAUUUUCUGCCUGAUCUCAGGAAUGUCACUGGAGCAGAAGAUUAAAGGGGUUCUCCGUUUUUUUUCUAUUGAGGACAUAUCCUCAGGAUGGGUCAUCAAUACCAGAUCAGCGGGGGUCCCCUUCCUGACCACUGCUUACCCCGAUCUGAUGUUGACGACCUAUCCUGAGGAAUCCUGACCGUGGUUCCUGAAGGUUCUCUGCCCCCAUAAGAUCUGAUCAUGGCUCUGAGUAAAGAAGCAGAUAAUAUAAAGCUGGGGUUACACAGAGCAUUUAUUGUGCGUCACUAUGGAACCAGCGAGGGGCGGCUGCUCCUCCCUCCCCCAGCGCUCUGGUUAUAGGCUCAUCCCCUCCCCCAUCUGAUAAAUUGCUUGGACUAUUUCUGUAUUAAAAUAGAUUACAUGUA